AAAUUCUUGUCCACCCGAUGCAGACCAAUUUAAGCACACAAAAAAAUUGUCAAUCAUUUUUAUUUCGAACAACUCUAUUUAUACUAAAAUAAUAUAUGGGCAGGAAAAAGAAAAAAUAUUCAAAGCCAUGGUGCUGGUAUUGUAAUAGAGAUUUUGAGGAUGAAAAAAUACUCCUACAACAUCAAAAGGCUAAACAUUUUAAAUGUCAAGUAUGCCAUAAGAGAUUAUUUACUGGACCUGGCCUACAAAUACACUGCCUACAGGUCCAUAAAGAAGAUAUUGACAAAGUACCAAAUUCAUUACCACAUAGAACCAAUAUUACUAUUGAGAUAUAUGGUAUGGAAGGAAUACCCGAAGAAGAUUUAAUAUCACAUGAUGAAAAAAGAGGUGUAUAUAAUGCAAGCCAAAAAAGUGGUGAAAAUUCACAAAUACCAAUUUUGCCUAUGUUUCCUGUUAUGCCAGGUUUUAAUCCAAUUCCUCCACGAUUAGUUCCAAUUCCAUCAUCUACAACAUUGAUUCCACCUCCAAUGAAAUUGUUAUCUAUUCCCCUACAAUCAAUCAAUCAAUUACCAUCAUCUGCUAUGUUUAGUAGACCAGAUCAGACCAUAUUUAACUCCCCAUCUUCCCAAAUUAUUCCUCCCCCACUUAUACCUUCAAAUUUUUCUAUGAUUCCCCCAGCUCCUACUUCCCUCUCCAAGCCUAUGUUCCCAGCUUAUGCCCACACGUCUUCCAUGGAUUACGAAGCAAAGAAUAAAAAUAAUAGUAGUAGCCCAGGUGACUCUACGGCUCCCACAAUGCACAUGGCAAACCUCCCUCCUAUUUUGGAUUCCCCGCAAAAAGACAGGCCGAAACCUCUUAUGCUCAGCUCUUCCGGGUACAUUGUCCAAAUUAUGCAUCCAUCUUUCGAAUAUUCGGCGGAAGAGCACAGAUCCUUUACUCCCAAAUACAGCCGUAUGCACCAAAAUGAUUCCCUAGAGCACAACAAAUCGAAUGCUACCAAUAGCGAUUCCAACAUUGCCUCAUAUCUUCCAACGUUUCCCCAAAAUCCCGAUAGAUUUAACGUAGAAAAAAAGGGGCAAAAACCGUUUCCUAAUGGAGCCUUACUUCCACCUCCCCCUAUGCCCCCAUUAUUAAUGAACUCGCCUUCGAUCAUGAGUAAAACUAAUCCCAUGCAAUCCACAUCCCUUUACUCACCACAAAACCAACAACCAUUGCCUCCGCCUGCUUUUCACCGGCAUCAGAACUUCGAUAAUUUUGCAAGUCCUAGUCCCAAUAAAUCCUUGAUGGACAAGCCCAUGCCAUCUUUUUAUCAACCUUCCGCGAAUCAAUACAUUGGUGCCAGCAACAACGAUAACAAUUUAAAUAAUUUCAAUAGCGAUUACAAUAAUUUUCCCAAUAAUCAAUUCAGCUACAAUCCCCAUAAAAGUUGUAAUACCAAUAACGAGUUACAGAUGCCGCCAAUGUUCCAGCCUAAUAAUAAUUUGCAUAUGGCAGCGUCGAAUCCACCGCAACCAUUAAUGAAUCAAUUUAUGAAUAAUCCAAGAAACUACUUUCCCAGAUAUUAAAUAUUUAUUUCACACGUGUCAUUUAAACACCCACUGUUCAACUACGAAAAUGGUAUACAUUGUGUAUACCAGAAAUAAACAGAAUUUACUACUUAUUUAACAAGUUAGAUAUUUAUUUUAAGUUUUAUAAAUUACCAUACAAAAUAAUAAAUGAUUAUUAUAUUAAUUUAUAAAAUUAAUUAAAUAUUUAUAAACAAAAAGCAUAUCAUCCUUAUACCACUUCCGAGUACAGGUAUUUCGAGAAUUUUUUUUAAAAAUACAUUAUUUAUAUCAUUUCAUUCUUUUUUUUUGGUUUCUUUUAUGAACAACAUGCAAACCUUGAGGAUUUAAAUUAAGUAAGAGUGGCGGGAAAAGUGAUUUAAAGUUUUAUAAUAAACAUAUCUCACAUUAUACCUAUUGUCGUUAUUAUAGUUUUUAUUUAUACUUUAUGAGCGAAUAUUUAUUAA